ACUCCGCCAAAGCAGGUUUGGGAUGUCAGCCGCGUGGGCUGAGGAUGCUCGGUGCCCUCCGCCGAUGGGAGGCAGCGUGAGCCCGAGAGUCGGGAGCGAUCGCGGUGGCCGCGCUCGAGCGCAGCCUCCUCCCGCUCCCACAAUGCACAGGGCGGCAGCGGCGGCGGCACCGCGCGCCGCUGGGGAGACAGAGGAGGCUACGGAGACCAGGCCUCUAAGGAGGCGAAGCGGCCGAGGAAACUGAGGGAGCGAGGGGGAGGAGGACGCGAGGCUGCUGAGGAGACCGCAAGGACUUGUGUGUGCUGAGCAGGCGGCUGGGGAGACCGAGGCGGCCGCGGUUGCUACCCCGAGCUCCCGAGCACGCGCCUCGGGCUCACGCGGCCGCCGAGCCCCGGAGGUGAUGACUGUCAGGCUCCGGUCCGCCGCUAGCGCCUGACGCGCCCCGCCCCGCCCGGGCCCGCCCGCCUGCUUGGCCCGCCCUGCCCGGCCCGGCCCUUCCCCUGCUCCCCGCCCGCCACCGUUUCACCCGCGCGGGCGGCCGCCACGCGAGCUGCGGUCUCCGCCCAGGCGGGGGGCGUCGGCGCUGGGCCGGCCAUGGCCGCGUCCGAGCUCUACACCAAGUUUGCCAGGGUUUGGAUACCUGAUCCUGAGGAAGUGUGGAAAUCUGCAGAGUUGCUCAAGGAUUAUAAGCCUGGAGAUAAAGUGCUCCUGCUUCACCUUGAGGAAGGGAAGGAUUUGGAAUACCGUCUGGAUCCAAAGACCAAUGAGCUCCCUCACUUACGGAACCCUGACAUACUUGUUGGAGAAAAUGACCUCACAGCUCUCAGCUAUCUUCAUGAGCCCGCUGUGCUACAUAAUCUCCGAGUUCGUUUCAUCGACUCCAAACUUAUUUACACGUAUUGUGGAAUAGUCCUAGUAGCUAUAAAUCCCUAUGAACAGCUGCCUAUUUAUGGAGAAGAUAUUAUUAACGCCUACAGCGGCCAGAACAUGGGUGACAUGGAUCCUCACAUCUUUGCAGUAGCUGAGGAGGCUUACAAGCAAAUGGCAAGGGAUGAACGAAAUCAGUCCAUCAUUGUAAGUGGAGAGUCAGGUGCAGGGAAGACGGUCUCAGCUAAAUAUGCCAUGCGGUACUUUGCAACCGUAAGUGGCUCUGCCAGUGAGGCCAAUGUUGAAGAAAAGGUCUUGGCCUCCAACCCCAUCAUGGAGUCAAUUGGAAAUGCCAAAACAACCAGGAAUGAUAAUAGCAGCCGGUUUGGAAAAUACAUUGAAAUUGGUUUUGACAAGAGAUAUCGAAUCAUCGGUGCCAAUAUGAGAACUUACCUUUUAGAGAAAUCCAGAGUGGUGUUCCAGGCAGAAGAAGAGAGAAACUACCAUAUCUUCUAUCAGCUCUGUGCUUCGGCAAAGUUACCUGAAUUUAAGAUGCUGCGGUUAGGAAAUGCAGAUAGUUUUCAUUACACGAAGCAAGGAGGCAGCCCUAUGAUAGAAGGAGUGGAUGAUGCAAAGGAGAUGGCGCACACCAGGCAGGCCUGCACUCUGCUGGGAAUUAGUGAAUCUUACCAAAUGGGAAUUUUUCGAAUACUUGCUGGCAUUCUUCACUUAGGCAAUGUUGGAUUUGCAUCUCGAGAUUCAGACAGCUGCACAAUACCUCCUAAGCAUGAGCCUCUUAUCGUCUUCUGUGACCUCAUGGGUGUGGAUUAUGAAGAGAUGUGUCACUGGCUUUGCCACCGAAAGCUGGCUACUGCCACAGAGACAUACAUCAAGCCCAUCUCCAAGCUGCAGGCCACAAAUGCCCGAGAUGCUUUAGCCAAGCACAUCUAUGCUAAGCUCUUCAACUGGAUUGUUGAUCACGUCAAUCAGGCUCUCCAUUCGGCUGUCAAACAGCACUCUUUCAUUGGCGUGCUGGACAUUUACGGAUUUGAAACCUUUGAAAUAAAUAGUUUUGAACAGUUCUGCAUAAAUUAUGCAAAUGAAAAACUACAGCAACAAUUCAACAUGCAUGUCUUCAAAUUGGAACAGGAGGAAUAUAUGAAGGAGCAAAUUCCAUGGACACUCAUAGAUUUCUAUGAUAAUCAGCCUUGUAUCAAUCUUAUAGAAUCUAAACUGGGCAUUCUAGAUUUGCUGGAUGAGGAAUGUAAGAUGCCUAAAGGAACAGAUGACACAUGGGCCCAAAAACUGUACAACACACAUUUGAACAAAUGUGCCCUCUUUGAGAAGCCCCGCAUGUCAAAUAAAGCUUUCAUCAUCAAACAUUUUGCUGACAAAGUAGAAUACCAGUGUGAAGGUUUUCUUGAAAAGAAUAAAGACACCGUUUUUGAAGAACAAAUUAAAGUCCUUAAGUCAAGCAAGUUUAAGAUGCUACCAGAACUAUUUCAAGAUGAUGAGAAGGCCAUCAGUCCCAGCUCUGCCACCUCCUCAGGGCGCACUCCUCUCACUCGGGUUCCUGUAAAGCCCACCAAGGGCCGACCUGGCCAGACUGCCAAAGAGCACAAGAAGACAGUGGGACUUCAGUUUCGAAACUCCCUUCACCUGCUUAUGGAAACCCUUAACGCCACCACUCCUCACUAUGUACGCUGUAUUAAGCCUAAUGAUUUCAAGUUUCCAUUCACAUUUGAUGAGAAGAGGGCAGUGCAGCAGCUAAGAGCAUGUGGUGUCCUGGAGACCAUCCGGAUCAGCGCAGCAGGGUUUCCCUCACGGUGGACUUAUCAAGAGUUUUUCAGCCGGUACCGGGUCCUAAUGAAGCAAAAAGAUGUGCUGGGAGAUAGAAAGCAAACAUGCAAGAAUGUAUUAGAGAAACUGAUAUUGGACAAGGAUAAAUACCAGUUUGGUAAGACAAAGAUCUUUUUUCGUGCUGGUCAAGUGGCCUAUCUAGAAAAAUUGAGGGCUGACAAACUGAGGGCUGCCUGCAUCCGGAUCCAGAAGACCAUUCGUGGGUGGCUGCUAAGGAAGAGAUACCUGUGCAUGCAGAGGGCAGCCAUCACAGUGCAGCGAUACGUGCGGGGCUAUCAGGCUCGAUGCUAUGCUAAGUUUCUGCGCAGAACCAAGGCAGCAACCACCAUUCAAAAGUACUGGCGGAUGUAUGUGGUCCACAGGAGGUACAAGACUAGACGAGCUGCCACAAUUGUUCUUCAGUCUUACUUGAGAGGCUACUUGGCAAGAAAUAGGUAUCGCAAGAUACUCCGUGAGCACAAAGCAGUCAUCAUUCAGAAAUGUGUCCGUGGCUGGCUGGCUCGUACACAUUAUAAGAGGACCAUGAAAGCCAUCAUCUACCUUCAGUGCUGUUUCCGGCGGAUGAUGGCCAAGCGUGAGCUGAAGAAACUCAAAAUUGAGGCUCGCUCUGUGGAACGCUACAAGAAGCUCCAUAUUGGCAUGGAAAACAAGAUUAUGCAGCUGCAGCGCAAAGUGGAUGAGCAGAAUAAAGACUACAAAUGCCUCAUGGAGAAACUGACCAAUCUGGAAGCAGCAUACAACUCUGAGACUGAAAAACUACGAAAUGAUGUAGAACGUCUUCAGCUAAGCGAGGAGGAAGCUAAGGUUGCCACUGGGCGGGUCCUUAGUCUGCAGGAAGAAAUUGCAAAACUCCGAAAAGACCUGGAACAAACUCGAUCAGAGAAAAAGUCCAUUGAAGAACGAGCAGAUAAAUACAAACAAGAAACUGAUCAGCUGGUGUCAAACUUGAAGGAAGAAAACAGUUUGCUGAAGCAGGAAAAGGAGACCCUCAAUCACCUCAUUGUGGAGCAGGCUAAGGAGAUGACAGAAACUAUGGAGAAGAAGUUAGUAGAAGAGACAAAACAACUGGAGCUUGACCUGAAUGAUGAGAGGCUGAGGUACCAGAACCUUCUGAAUGAGUUCAGUCGUCUGGAGGAGCGCUAUGAUGACCUCAAGGAAGAGAUGACCCUGAUGCUGAAUGUGCCUAAGCCAGGACACAAGAGAACAGACUCUACCCACAGCAGUAAUGAGUCCGAAUACACAUUUAGCUCUGAAUUUGCAGAAACUGAAGACAUUGCACCAAGGACAGAGGAGCCAACUGAGAAGAAGGUGCCUCUGGAUAUGUCAUUGUUCCUUAAGCUCCAGAAGCGUGUCACAGAGCUGGAGCAGGAGAAGCAGCUGAUGCAGGAUGAGCUGGACCGAAAGGAGGAGCAGGUGCUCCGUAGCAAGGCAAAGGAAGAAGAAAGACCACAGAUUAGAGGUGCUGAGCUGGAAUAUGAGUCCCUCAAGCGUCAAGAACUGGAGUCAGAAAACAAAAAACUGAAAAAUGAGCUGAAUGAGUUACGCAAAGCGCUCAGUGAAAAAAGUGCCCCAGAAGUGACUGCACCAGGUGCACCUGCUUACCGUGUCCUCAUGGAACAGCUGACCUCCGUGAGCGAGGAGCUUGAUGUCCGAAAGGAGGAAGUCCUCAUCUUGAGGUCUCAGUUGGUGAGCCAGAAGGAAGCUAUCCAACCCAAGGAUGACAAGAAUACAAUGACAGAUUCCACAAUACUUUUGGAAGAUGUACAGAAAAUGAAAGACAAAGGUGAAAUAGCACAAGCAUAUAUUGGUUUGAAAGAAACAAACAGAUCAUCUACUAUGGAUUACCAGGAGUUGAAUGAGGAUGGAGAGCUCUGGCUGGUUUAUGAAGGGUUAAAACAAGCCAACAGGCUCCUAGAAUCCCAGCUACAGUCACAGAAGAGGAGCCAUGAGAAUGAGGCUGAGGCCCUCCGUGGGGAGAUCCAGAGCCUAAAGGAAGAAAACAACCGGCAACAGCAGCUGCUGGCCCAGAACCUACAGCUGCCCCCGGAGGCCCGCAUUGAGGCCAGCCUGCAGCAUGAGAUCACCCGGCUGACCAAUGAAAACCUGUAUUUUGAGGAUUUAUAUGCAGAUGACCCUAAGAAGUAUCAGUCCUCUCGGAUUUCCCUUUACAAAAGGAUGAUUGAUCUGAUGGAACAACUUGAAAAGCAGGAUAAAACUGUCCGGAAACUGAAGAAACAACUGAAAGUCUUUGCCAAAAAAAUCGGUGAACUAGAAGUGGGACAGAUGGAGAACAUAUCUCCGGGACAGAUCAUCGAUGAGCCUAUCCGGCCAGUCAACAUUCCCCGGAAAGAAAAGGAUUUCCAAGGAAUGCUGGAGUACAAGCGGGAGGAUGAGCAGAAGCUCGUUAAGAACCUGAUUCUAGAACUAAAGCCACGUGGUGUGGCUGUCAAUCUGAUUCCAGGCUUACCAGCAUAUAUCUUGUUUAUGUGUGUGCGUCAUGCCGACUACCUGAACGAUGAUCAGAAAGUAAGGUCAUUGCUGACAUCAACAAUUAACAGCAUCAAAAAAGUCUUGAAGAAAAGAGGUGACGAUUUUGAAACUGUCUCCUUCUGGCUCUCUAACACAUGUCGGUUUUUGCACUGUUUGAAGCAAUAUAGUGGAGAAGAGGGCUUCAUGAAACACAACACGUCUCGACAGAAUGAACACUGCCUCACCAAUUUCGACCUCGCUGAGUAUCGGCAAGUACUGAGCGACUUGGCCAUUCAGAUCUAUCAACAGCUUGUGAGGGUCUUAGAGAGCAUCCUCCAGCCCAUGAUAGUCUCAGGCAUGCUAGAGCAUGAAACAAUUCAGGGUGUAUCUGGGGUGAAGCCCACGGGGCUCAGAAAACGAACCUCCAGUAUCGCAGACGAGGGCACCUACACACUGGACUCCAUCCUGCGGCAGCUCAACUCCUUCCAUUCAGUCAUGUGUCAGCAUGGCAUGGACCCGGAGCUAAUCAAGCAGGUGGUUAAGCAGAUGUUCUACAUUGUGGGUGCCAUCACCCUAAACAACCUCCUGCUGCGUAAGGACAUGUGCUCCUGGAGCAAAGGCAUGCAGAUCAGGUACAAUGUCAGUCAAUUGGAAGAAUGGCUACGUGACAAGAAUCUAAUGAACAGUGGGGCCAAGGAAACUCUGGAACCUCUUAUCCAGGCCGCUCAGCUUUUGCAAGUGAAAAAGAAAACUGAUGAUGACGCAGAAGCCAUCUGCUCCAUGUGCAACGCCCUGACCACGGCCCAGAUCGUCAAAGUGCUGAAUCUGUACACACCCGUUAAUGAGUUUGAAGAAAGGGUCUCUGUUUCGUUUAUCCGUACUAUACAGAUGCGGUUACGAGACAGGAAAGACUCUCCGCAGCUGCUUAUGGAUGCAAAACACAUCUUUCCUGUCACUUUCCCCUUUAACCCGUCCUCCCUGGCCCUAGAAACCAUCCAGAUCCCAGCCAGCCUGGGCCUGGGCUUCAUUGCACGGGUCUGAAGUCUGCCCAAGAAAACCUAGAGAACACAUUUCUCCUCAGAAUAUGAACAGUUGUUUCCAGUGAGUUACUGAAAAUACAUUUUUUAAAGAAAAAGUACUGAUUAUCUCUAAAAGAAGAUGUUAACUGGAAAUCCACCCCCGACCCCCACUCCCCGAAUCCUUUGGUUUGGGAAGACACUCCUUGUACUGUUUACCUUUAAAGCGACAUUCAUUCCUUAUCAGCUGGAAACCCUGAGUUUACAUACAGCUGAGUGGUGGCAGGGACAAGCGAAGGGAAGGAUAAAAGGAGUGUGCCUUCAGCUGACAGCAUUUAGUUUAGAUCUUUAGUGCUGCAUUUAAGUGGCAUACGGAAUACAAUCCCAUAUGUAUGAACUGUUGUGAACAAGGCACAAAGAACUGAAGAAAAUCACUGAAUACAUAUCAUAGCAGCUUAGGGGCCAAUCAUGUUGAUAUUGUCAAACUGGAUCAAAAAUAAACAAACCAACGGGCAACAUUAAAGUAACUGGCCAAGUAACUUCCUUAUCUGUGUCACUACGGCAUAGCGAUGUGAAAGACGCUGUUUGCCCGUUUGUAGUGUAGCUGACUGAGCAUCUUAAAUGGCUGCUGUGUGCUGUCUCCUGAUGUAAGUGAUAGUCUUACUAGGCACUACAAAAUAAGCUUCUCUUCCAUCAGCUCUGUUUACAGUUCAAUCAGAUCAGUUCUAACUGGAUUAUAUGCAGUUAUCCACAGGUUCAUUGGCACAAGUAGCAGACAUGGGGAAGUAGAGUUAGACAGAGUGGCUAUUGAUGUGAUUGCUGAUCAGGGUGUACUACAUCGUUAAGUUACCUGUAUGGAUAUCAUAUCAUGGUAUAGUCUUGUAUAAAGUUAACUUAUGUUUAGUUCCCAAAUCUGAUUCUUGCCAUGCGUAUAUUCAACCUUGUUGAGUUUUUUUUUUUUUAAUUUAUUAAGUGUCAGUUUCAGUCACUAUCUAGAAAGGACUAUCAGAAUAUUUAUGAUUAAGAUCUUGAAACUGAUUAUCCUAUAAGUUAUUCAAAAUAGGCAUAUAAAUAAAUCAUUAUAAUUCAGAGGGUUUAGGUGUUGCAACCUCUAUAAAUGUUCUCAGAUACCACUGGAUACUUUAAAAACAUCAUAUUAUAAAUACAUUAAGAAGAUUUAUGUAAGAAAUAUAAGGAUACUAUUAAAUUUUAUAGAGGAUUUGGUUCAGUAAGACCCAGAUUCUGUACGUCUUCAUUAUGAAAUUCUAAUUAAGCAUAUUCUCCAUUUUUUCUUGAAAUCUUAUAUAAUAAAUCCUUUGGGUUUUGCAAGAGCAAAUUCUUAGCUUUCAUUCCUCUGUUUCUUAAUUACAGUCACCGAUUUGUACAGUUUAACUGUAAGAUGGUCUAUAACAGUGACAUUUAAAUAUUGUGCAAUAUCUAAAUGGUUUCAAGUCAAUGAUAAAUACUGUUAUUAAACAGCAGUUAUUGUUCGUUAUCUUACUGGAGCCUGAAUGUCCUUGUUUAUAAAGUAAGAGGGUUGGACAACUGGUUGUUCCAGCCACUUCCCUGUUUACAGUUCACUCAUGCUUGGUUCCUAGAGAAAGGGGUCACAGUUACUCUGUCCUGUUGUAAAGACCAGUGUUUAGUGCUUGUCAGUUCCCUAGGGUUAAUACACUAAGUCACAAGUUUAUGUAGCCACAAUAUUUUCUUAACAUUCAUCAUUUAGGUACUUUAAAACACCCUAAUUAUUUCUAUUAUUUGAAAGUUACUUAGUUUAAGUAAUUUUUGUUACAUGAUAAACUUUUUUUUUUGUUUAGGGAAUUUUGGUUUUUGUAAUGCUGGGAAUUGAACCCAGGGCCUCAUGUGUGUUAAGUAAGUACCCUAUCACUGAUCUACAGUCUCAACUCUUUAUUCAGUUCCAGUACAUUUAUUUAUUUGCAGAACCUAAAACUAAGCAAGCAUCUUCAGUUUUUCUGGGUUUUCAGUAUUGUUUCAGUAAACAGUUAAUGCUUAAAGUAGUCUCACUAGUACUGAGUGUGUCAGACAGCAGAGAGGGGUAGCGGGUGGAAGAACUGCUGAGCAAACAGAGCCAUGUGUAGGCUGUCUUUCCUCACUCAGCCCUGGCAGGACGCCCACACCCUGCUCCCAGCUUAGUCCUGAGUGGGAUGCUGAUGCAUACCCUGAGUCUUGUCUUCAGGACCAUGCUGCCAUACCCACUUUCCCUGAAACCCCGUUUUCCUACUUCAGACAUUUAUGCCCUACGGUUUCUAGCACUUUCUCUCGUUUCUCUGUUAUCAAGAGCUGGGCUUCUGGUCUAUAGCUGUCCCCAUUUUGUGGUUCUCCUGUUUCAUUGACAAUAGUUCAGAGUCUAUGAUUCCAAGCUUAAACUCUUUCAAGCUGCUCAGAACCAGAUGGUGAUUGUGUGCACUGCUUUGUUAAGGAGAGAGGCAGCAGGCUUGUGCUCACUGGGGUCCUUCGGGCUGAGUGAGGAGCACUCCCCUCCACUCUGCCGUCCAUCCGCUCCCAGCUUCAAACACACACCCAGCCUCUCCCCUGCCUGUCUUACCAGCUGAUGGCUUUCUGUGGCCCUGGCUGGCCUGCAUGGGACUUACCUUUGGUGUUCUGUGUACACUCCAGGCCUGUCCUCCUUUCUGUCCUCCUUAACAUGAUCACUAAUGUUAAUGUGGUUUUUCCACAGUUCCACAGUGGCAUGCUUGGACUACAAAGGAGCUCUGGAAAGACACAAUAGCACAGCAGGUCUUCCUGCUGUAGCCCCUUCCCAGGAGCCUCCACUCUCCCUGUGCACAUGUAGCUCACUCCCUUGGCAUCCAAGUGAGGAGAGAAGCCUUUCCCUUCCCUUCCUGCAGCUUUUCUUAGCCCAGGGCUCGAAUCUGCCUUAGAUUAACUCAAAAUGGGGGAAAGAUAAACACAAAUCAAAAUGCACAAAGGACAACUUGGUGGUUCCUUUAGAGCUCUGAGCUCCAUGUUACCUGGCACUGCUUCGGAGAGCAAAUGUACAGAAGUAUAAUCCAAAGCCAGGUGAUAGGAGAUGUAGCUCUGUGCCGGUUUACAUGACCUGCUUUGUAGUUGACUCACUUUAGUACCUAAAGAAAGACUCCUAUGGGUAAGCAAGUGUGUGUGAUACACAUACUCUUUAAUAGUGUAUACAGAAGGCUAUGAAAAUACUUCAGGUCUCGGUGUCUUGAUUACUGUGAGAAAUUGAUUUUCUGACAGUUGUAGGAAAAGAGGAGCUGCCACUAUCCUGAGAACUCCACAUGGAGUGAAUAUCUCUCUCUUUCUCUCUCUCUCUCUCUCUCUCUCUCUCUCUCUCUCUCUCUCUCUCUCUCAUACACACACAGUCACCAGUUAAGAGUUCUUCAGGAGGUGUGGUCAAGGGUCCUCUGGGUAAUAUCAGCCUAUUAGGAAGAAGAGCAAAUGUCCGUGUGUGACGCUGCAUGGUCCUGUUGAAAGUAGUACAGAAAUAGUACCCAUAAUGCAUGUGCUUCACGCCAGCAACUCUUCCUCUGUUACCUCACUUCCUCACAGCCUCCACAGGAGCCAGCUCCCACAAUCAUUGGGGAUGAUAAUUUGGGACAGUGGUAUGGUCAGUGACUUGCUGGGGGAAACACUGCCCUCUAGCAGUAAGGCAGAGGCUGUCCUGUCUCUCCUGAUGCUGCAGGGUGCCCUGGGCUACUAAGGAUGUUCUUCGUCUUUAUUGGCAUGUGAGAAAAGACAAAUGAUGAGGACGAACUUACUUCUUGGGAGGCCAGAGCACAGUGCUUACAGCACCAGCUGUGACUAGGCUUGCCUUUUGUAGUAAACCAGUACUCCCUGACAGGGUGUGGACUCUCAAGUUAGGCUGUCUGAACUAGAAGGGCAGGAAGCAGUGAAAACCUCAGAUGUGAAGAGGCAAGGCAGGCCACUCUCCACAACCCUGAGGUUUCCCUGGGAGAGCCCCCGGCUGAACUACCAGCCUACAGGGAACUCUCUAGUUUUUUUAGUCUGAGGCACAGAGGAACCCAGGACACUCAGUACCUCCCUCUCUGGGGCUGUCUGCCAUUGGUGAGUCAGUGCAAGCUUGGCAGUGCCACAGCAGGCUGCAGGGGAGGCGCUGGGAGCUGUGCUGUGGGCAUGCAUGCUGAGACCACAAGCAUUUUGUGGUAAGUGCUUUGUAGUUUGUUCUCAGGCUGUGCUGUGAGGGCCGCCUUAACCCUUGCCCCUUCCCUUUUAGAGCUGCCUUACGUUCCCCAGAGCUUGUCUCAGUGAGGGAUAUCUUGCCAUGUUUCUCAAGGUUUUGUAAGGAUUUGGAUUGGGUGUGGCUUCCAACCACGUAUUUCUUUCUCCCCUUCCUGCAUCUCCUGCUACCUGUGUACUGCCAUUUCUAACCAGAGGUUAGAAUUUAUAAAGCAACCAAUGAAAUGUUAGUUUUAGGAAUAUUUCCGGGUCAGUGCAACUCCCGGUAACAGGAAGCAAAUUAGCAUGCGUGGGAGCAGGACGGAAGUCAGUGUAUCUGUGGGCGUCUUGCCUUUCACUAACCCUUUCUAAUAAAGGCAAAAAUACAACUCUAAAAACUUUGUAUGGACAUCCUUAUAAAAUGUAAAUGUGCCCUACUGUAAAAGGCUGAGUAAAAACAAGUAGCUACAUUAAUUUCUAAUUCAUUAUAGUACCUAAAUUAACUUUAGAAUUAUAGUCAAUUUCUCAAUAGGUCAAAAAGCAAAGGAUACCAUGUCAAACAUCUCCCAAAUGCAUUUUAUACAUUUCUUUAUUUUAUAAUUUGGUUUCCUAAAAAAGUGUUCAUGAGCUUAACUUAAUGAGUAGAAUUAGACUCAUAACAUAUCUGAAAGCAACUAGCAUUUUCUUGGCAUUGUGAUAUUGUUUGGAAUAGUUGGAGAAGUUUUAGGUUUGUUUUUGAAGGUUGAAAUUUCCGUGUAUAAUUUAAUGCUUGGAAAGUUAAUACAUCCCCAUGGGUUUUCCAGAGUUAGUAGUUUCAAAUAACUUAUUGUUGCUGUGUGUAAUAAAAUCUUAGCCUCUCUAACUCAUGUGAGCCGUCAUUUUUCCCACAAAAGCUGAUUUCUCCUUUAAGUGGGGUAUGUGUUGUGAUUAUGAUCCACAAUUAUGUUCUUUUGUGGGUUCCUGAAGUAAAUGAUUCCCUUGGGUUUCUGGAACGUUCCAGUUGUUCCAGCAGUGUUGCACAGAUGAGCUCAUGGCAUUUAACAUACUGUGGGUUUGUUUUAACUGUUUAGCAUUUAUUGUGAAAUGCACCUGCCUUUGAAGUACAGUAAAUGGGACGUUGCAGUUUUCAAAUCUUUUUCUUCCUUGGAUCUGGAGAAAGAAUUUUCUUGAUCUACACAGUUCAUCUCUGCAAAGUGGUUAGUUGCGGAAGCAGAAACACUGAAAGGUGAGAGGUAUUACCAAGCCUCUCCAGAUCUAAACUGAACCCAUUCUAGAGUAUCACACAGGAAAUCUUGUAGAAUGUUAAUAACUCACCUCAUAUCAACAAAAGCCUUGGAAACAUGAGUUUUUCACUGGGUAUUACCUACUGCUAAAAGGAAAGCCAAAACAAUAUCAGAAUGACAUUUAUGCUCUAAAUUUAUAGCUGUCUAAUGUGCUUAGUGUGUAUCUGUCAUUAGUGCUGUGUUCUCCUAGCUAUUGUAGAAAACUGUUGAAAUAAAGAUAAGGAUAUAAAGAAA